GCUUGGCUUUGAAUUAUGAAUGAUGGUGGAAAUGAAGCAAGCGCCAUCAAUUCGAGCGAUGGCGAUACACUUUGGGUUCAUCUUGUAUGUAGAGAAGAAAGCCUUGAGCAGCGAAACAUGGCGUCAAAUCAACCGAUCCAAGGUCCCUCGCCAGACAGACAUGGGCAGAACGAGAUAUUCUAAAACACCCCUGGCAAGCAUCGUCAUUCAACGCCGCUGCCGAUAGACUACAGAAACAACGUGCCUGCCGUGCCUCCAGCUCGCUCACUGCAUUGUGCUGCAGCUGCAGGGUGCAUACAUAUAGAUACAUACAUACAUAACAUCGACAGUCACGUUCUGCCCGCAUUUUAUUACAUUACAUGCUCAGGACCCCUCUCAUCCAUCCUUGGACCUUGAACCACGCCGUCUAGUGAAUAUAAUAAGCUAAGCUAAAGCUACCUUACCUAUUUGUUGCCCGGCUUUCUCUAUCUUUGCUUUAACUUCAUUACAUCCGCAACCUCUUCCCGUUCUGAAGCUCCACCUUCAUCUCUCUCCCUGCACCUCUGCUCAACCACUUGUCAACUGGUUGUCCUUGAUAAUUAGCGCAAGCGCUCAGUUUCUUGAAGAGCAAGAUCAAGCCCUUGAAAGACGCAGUCACCAAUACCAAAGGCAUCUACUGCAAUAAAGGUGCGCUCUUUAUCUCAUAGUGCCCCUCUUACCAUCCUCACUCUGCAUAAUCUGUGUCUACCUAUAAGAGCGCGCGCCUUUCGACCCAACGACGCGCGGCAUCUUGAUCACAGAGAUUAGUGACCAGGAUUCCGGGGAGGCUAUCAACGACUCUGUUUACUCCGUGGAUUCGAUCCUGUGCGAGCCUGUUCCUCUGCGGCGCAUCUACAACCAUCAACCCACGAUCCAAUAUGUCUAAGCUUUUCAUUGGUGGCCUAGCAUGGCACACAGAGGAAGCUACUCUGCGUCAGAAGUUUGAGGAGUUCGGCCCUGUCGAAGAAGCUGUGGUGGUCAAGGACCGUGAUACCGGCCGCAGCCGUGGCUUUGGAUUUGUGCGAUACACCCAGGAGGGCGAUGCUCAGAAGGCCAUCGCAACCAUGAACAAUGUCGAGUUUGACGGACGAACCAUUCGAGUUGACAAGGCAUCCGACAAUGGCCCCCGAGGCGGCUUCGGCAGAGGAGGUGGGUACGGGCGAGGCUUUGGGGGGCCGGUUCCGUACGGAAUGGCUCCGCCUGGACACGGCUACCAAGUCCCUGCCCCGAACAUGUAUGCGCCUAUGCCUUAUGGCCGGGGAUACCCCCCUCCCCAGCAAGCCUAUGGCGCUCCUCCCCAAGGAUUCAUGCCUCAGCAGCAGUUCGGGUACCCUGAUCCUUCUCAAAUGCCUCCCCAGCAGCAACCUCCUCAGGGUGGAAGGGGAUAUUAGAUGACGCAACUUAAGGCCGGAUUGGAGUUACACAUUGCGCUCGAAACGUUAUCGACGGGGCCUUGAGGAUUGGAAAUUCUAAUGGCGGUUGACUUCGAUGACUUCCGGCUCCUGGGCUUGCGGAUUCUUUGUACGACUGGAUGAUAAGGUCAGGCAUUGGUGAGCAUAUUGAAACGCAGAAUUAUACCCGGGCACUUAGGUUGAAGCGUGGUUUUUAGGGGGCAUGGUAUGGCAUUUGGGCUGGUAUGGUUUGCCAUCUUGACACGGCCGUUUUACGAAUGAACCUUGAGCGAAAAAGUGAUGGAGGAUUGCCUCUGUAGGGCAAGAACAAAAUUGCGAAAUGGCGCUGCAUGCGACAUGUUCCUUUUGAUUACAUGUGCUUUGAUACGUGAAUGUCGCUGGCUAACCGAGACCGAAAUUGGUGACAGUUGUGGAGCGAUGACAUGAAGCUUGAGGAGCGGCAUCUAGCUGCUCAUUAUAAGUACGCUAUUCACCAUGAGGAUCUAUAGUCUAGUUAUAUAUGCUUGCUGAGGUUGUCUGUGU